AUGCCUUUGUAUCAUGCUCUGCCCAUGGCCCGCGGACAUUGCAAUCGCGACGCCCUGGCUGCCCUCGUCGACGCUGGGCGGAAUAUUCAAGCCCGUGUCAUCAACAACUACAUGGCCUGGCUGAAGGGUUCGGCUUGCCUCUACAUUUUCGUUUACUUUGCAAGGUCGUGUGGAAGAAGACAGGCCUCGAUAACCCGUGGACGGGGUGAAGGCGACGACAGCAUCCGCCCUCUUCUAGACAAUAGCUCAGACAUUGAAAAAUGUGCUGAAAUACGGCGCUUCUCGGUGGAUACCAUCACCGGCGGCGAGGUUAUAGACAACAUGGUCACGUGGCUUGUGCAGGGCUGCUUGGUGAUUGGUGAUUGGUGGGAAUGGGAGUGA